AUGGGACUGCACCUGGAGGCAGAGACCCUUGGGGCUUUGGCUGCUGGCACUGACAAAGCAGUGAGAGGCUCCGAGGGGCUUUACAUGGUGCACGGGCCGCCCAGUUUCACAGAGAGCACCGCGUUUCAAAGGGACUCUGGAAGAAAUUGCAAGGUUGUUGCUUUUAGCAAGGACGGUUCCCUCUUUGCCUGGUGCAAUGGAGAAAAAGUAAACCUAGUUAAUGUCACCAGUGCUGAGUUGCUGUGCUCCUUUGAUCUCCCGAAGGUGGUUUGCCUCGCGUUCUCCCCCAAGAACAGUGUCCUGGCCACCUGGCAGGCCUACACAACUGCUAAAGAUGGCACAGCAGGGGUGCCCAACCUGCAGCUUCAUGAUGUGAAAACUGGAAAAUGCUUAAAAUCCUUCAUCCAGAAGAAGAUGCAGAACUGGUGUCCUUGCUGGGCAGAUGAUGAGAGCAUUUGUGCCAGGAAUGUAAACAAUGAAGUGCACUUCUUUGAAAACAACGACUUCAACACUAUUGCAAAUAAACUACAUUUGCAGAAGGUUAAUGAUUUUGUGUUAUCUCCAGGAGCACAGCCAACCAAGGUGGCCGUGUACGUGCCGGGCAGCAAGGGAGCCCCCUCCUUCGUCAGGCUCUACCAGUACCCCAGCUUUGGUGGCCCCCAGUCUGCACUGGCCAACAAGAGCUUCUUUAAAGCUGACAAGGUGACAAUGCUGUGGAACAAGAAAGCCACGGCCGUGCUGGUGGUGGCCAGCACCGAGGUGGACAAGACGGGAGCCUCGUACUACGGCGAGCAGACCCUGCACUACAUCGGCACGGACGGGCAGAGCGCCGUGGUGCAGCUGCCAAAAAAUGGCCCUAUUUAUGAUGUAGUUUGGAGCCCCAACUCUGUGGAGUUCUGCGUGGUGUACGGUUUUAUGCCUGCCAAAGCAACAGUUUUUAACCUGAAAUGCGACCCCGUGUUUGAUUUCGGCACUGGUCCCCGCAAUGCUGCCUACUACAGCCCCCAUGGACACAUCCUGGUGCUGGCAGGGUUUGGAAAUCUCCGGGGACAGAUGGAAGUGUGGGACGUUAAGAACUACAAACUCAUUUCCAAGCCAGUAGCCUCGGAUUCCACCUACUUCGCGUGGUGUCCUGACGGGGAGCAUAUCGUCACAGCCACCUGUGCCCCCAGGCUGAGGGUCAGCAAUGGCUACAAGAUCUGGCACUACACUGGCACUCUGCUGCACAGCUACCAGGUUCCCUCCAACGAGGAAAUGUGGCAGGUGUCCUGGCAGCCCUUCCCGGAUGGCGUGUUCCCAGCAAAAGCCGUGAAGUACCAGGCGGUGCCGAGCGAGCUGCCCAGCGCUGAGCCCAGGCCUGCUCAGGCCUACAGGCCUCCAGCCCUCAGGAAUAAACCUGUCACCAGCUCCAAGCUGCAUGAGGAUGAGCCACCUCAGAAUAUGAAGCCUCAGUCGGGAAGCAGUGAUAAGCCACUCUCUAAAACAGCUCUCAAAAAUCAAAGGAAGCACGAAGCCAAGAAAGCUGCUAAACAGGAGGCCAGAGCUGAAGGCAGCCAGGAGCCUAGGCAGUGCUCAGCACCAGCCAGCGCCCCGCGCGCUGCUGCGCCCGCCUCCUCGGGGGAUCCCGAGCUUGACAAGAAGAUCAAGAACUUAAAAAAGAAACUAAAGGCAAUUGAGCAGCUGAAAGAACAAGCAGCUGCUGGCAAACAGCUGGAGAAGAACCAGUUGGAGAAGAUUCAGAAGGAAACUGCUCUCCUGCAGGAACUGGAAGAGCUAGAACUGGGUCUUUAA